GCCGCGCCCCUCAGCGCCCCGCAGGCCCCAGGCCGGAGCGCGGGGGCGGGCGGCGCGGGGCGGAGGCGGCGGGCCGGUGCCCAUGCGGCACCAGCCCGGCUGCGAGCGAGCGCCGGCCAGGGCAGCAGCAUGGGGCAGGGGGUCGCCAAGCAGACGAGGGCUCUGCUGGAUUACACCACGGAGAAGUACGUGGUCACCAGGAACAGGAAGGUGGGCCUGAUCCACCGGCUCCUGCAGCUGGGCAUCCUGCUCUACAUGCUGGUUUGGGUCUUCCUGGUGAAGAAGGGCUACCAGGAAACGGACACCACCCUGCAGAGCAGCGUCAUCACCAAAGUCAAGGGUGUGAUGUUCACCAACACCACAGAGCUUGGGGCGCGGCUCUGGGAUAUUGUGGACUUUGUCAUUCCACCUCAGGGAGAGAACAUGUUCUUCAUCACCACCAACCUCAUCGUGACCCCCAACCAGCGGCAACAAACCUGUGCAGAGAGUUCAAGCAUCGAGGAAGCUAGGUGCCAUGAGGAUAGUGACUGCCCUCCCGGGGAGCCUGUGCUGACUGGUCACGGAGUGAGGACUGGCCGCUGUCUGCCUGCAAAGAACGAGACUGGGGGCACGUGUGAGAUCUUCGGCUGGUGCCCACUGGAGUCGGAGUGUGUGCCAGAGAAGCCACUCCUGAGCAAUGCUGAAAACUUCACUGUUUACAUAAAGAACUACAUUCAUUUCCCCAAAUUCAACUUCUCCAAGAGCAAUGUGUUAAAUACCCAGGACACGCGAUUCCUGAGGACCUGUCGCUUUAAUCCCGAGAACCCCUACUGUCCCAUCUUCCGACUGGGGUCUCUGGUCAGCUGGACGGGGAACGACUUCAAUGAGCUGGCAGUGAAGGGUGGUGUGAUAAGAAUUGAAAUUCAGUGGGACUGUGAUCUUGAUAAAGGGCCGUCUAAAUGCAAACCUCAGUAUUAUUUUAGCCGCCUGGAUAAGGUUACUUCAGAAAACACCAUCUCCAGUGGGUACAGCUUCAGAUACGCCAGGUAUUACCGUGAUGAAGCUGGGAUGGAUUUCCGCACCAUGAUGAAAGCUUACGGGAUCCGCUUUCAUGUGGUCGUGAGUGGCAAGGCAGGGAAGUUCAGCAUUAUCCCCACAGUCAUAAACGUGGGCUCUGGACUGGCCAUCUUGGGUGCUGCCUCUUUCUUCUGUGACCUGAUACUCAUGUACUUAAUCAAAAGACGUCACUUCUAUCGCAACCAGAAGUACGAGAAAAUGAGGCUUCAAGAUAAAAAGUCCUCGAAGGGAAGGGAGGCCACGGUUAAGUCUGCAGAGCAGCCCACGAUGCAGGACCGACAUGGCGGCAAGAAGGAACUACUAGGUCUGUCAAGCACAGAGCAGCAGGGCAGCGGUCCGGACCCAGAACCUCUCAGUCAGCCAGCAACUCUGGAUGCCAGUAUGAUGUGGCCACAAGACAGUCUGUCAAGGUUCCUAGAUAGUACUGAAUCUUCCACUACGCUCUGAGGGGGGAAGGAUCCAGUGAUCUACAUCUCCACAGUCCCCAUUUUAUCCUGAGUGACCACAAUGCAGUCGUCUUGCUGUGCUAUCCCAGCUUAAGACAGCAUCAUUAGCACCAUUUACUCAGUCUUACUCCACCCGGCACUGUUCUGAGUUCAGUGGCUGCAGAGCUCUGCUACUCCAAGUGAGUCUGUGGACCAGCAGAACCUGCAUUGUUUGGGAGCUUUAGUUAGACAGGCACGCUCAGGUCCCUUCCAUAUUCCCCUAAACUGGAACUGGCGUUUCAACAUUCCCUGGUGGCUCUUUGUGCAUGUUCAAGUUUGAAAAAUACUGGUUUGAGAUAUGCAGAGCCCUGGGCUGGAGCAAUAGCACAGCGGGGAGGGCGUUUGCCUUGCACGCGGCUGACCCAGAUUCGAUUCCCAGCAUCCCAUAUGGUCCUCUGAGCACCGCCAGGGGUGAUUCCUGAGUGCAGAGCCAGGAGUAACCCCUGUGCAUUGCCAGGUGUGACCCAAAAAGCAAAAAAAAAAAAAAAAAAGAUAUGCAGAGCCCUGGUUCAGAGGUUGACAUCAAUUUCGAAGGCAAGCUGAUACAUAUGCCUUGAGGAGAGGACCCUUCCAACCUCUCCACCGCAACCUGUAGGAAAAUGGCACCAUGUUCAAUGUAUUAAAAUGAAAAUAUUUUUGUUCAGGUAAAAUUUAAGAUUCAAAAUUUACAGUGGGUUGGACAUUUGCCUUGUGUGCAGCUAACUUGGGUUCAAUUCCCAGUAUAUCAUUAAAGUCCUCUGAACCCGCCAGGAGUGAUCCCUGAGUGUAGACAAGGAGAAAUCCUGAACACUGCCUGACAUGGCCCUCAAACCAACUGCACUCAAAACAAUCUCACUGACCUGUUUCCUGAGGCAAUCUGUGCUACCAAUUCUAAGAGUCUCCCUUGUUUUGUUGAGAUUCCAGUGGUUGUGUCCCACCUCAGAAAAUUAACGUUUCCUGCUGUCUCUAAGUCAGAUCAUGUCUCCCAAUCAGAAAGGAUCAAAAUGGAAUAUGCUUUCAGACUGGCAUGUAGGAACCAUCUCACCAGUUCUGGUGAAACUAGAUAAGUAUGUUCCUUGGAACAAAAUUACUUAUACAGCAAGCAACUCUCUCUUGCCUGUAAUCUGUGAGCAAAUCCAGUCUUCAAUUCUAACUGAAUUUGGGUAAUGUACUGUGACAUUUCACUUUCUCACUAAAGCAAACCUCUGAAUUAUUAAAAUAUUUUUUAGGUGUUUGGGCCACACCUGGCAGUGCUCAGGGCUUACUCCUGACUAUGCUCAGGAUCACUCCUAGCUGGGCCCCAUUAAACUGAACCUCCAUAACAGAUUUAUCAAAUUAAUUUUUUAAGUCCAGAAAAGCCUUCAAGAUAGCCUCUCUACGUCAGGACCAUGCUCAGGAAAUCCACCUAAUACUACUUUUGGAUAGUAUACCUAAGUUUCCUUGGGAAGGAGGAGUUGGUCACACCUGGCAGUACUCAGGAGUGACCCCUGGAGUGCUCAGAGGAACCACAGGUGGUACCGACGAUUGAUCUGUGUCUGCUUGCAGGGCAAGUGCCUUACUUGCUGUACAAUCUCUUGGCAUUUCCUGGCUUUUAUAAAUACCCCUGUGCCUUACCUGCUAUAGUCUCUUCAGCCUUUUCCUUGCUUUUAUAAAUCCCCAUGCCUCAGUUGUUGUAAAUCUCUUUUGCCAUUUCCGUGCUUGUAUAAAUCCCACUUAUUUUUAUGAGUGGGAAACUCAUUAAUCUAGAAAACUGGCUGAAUGACAAGGGGGCUUAAAGCCUUUAAGUGUGGAAAGGAGUGUUUUUCUCUUGGAGUGUUGGUUGUCCCAUUAGGAAGAUGAGCACUUUAGCUUCUUGGGCUCUUCUGUGCUUAAUCUAAGAUUACAUGCAUUGUCAGGUCAGGCCAGGGCCUAAACAUAAGAUUUCCUACAUUUUAUUCUCCUCAUGAGUUAUUCCAUGCCUUGGAUAUAGCAUGGUGCUGACCACUGGGAUAUUUGCAAAUUAGUUACUAUCAAUUGAAUCAGCUGUGAAAGACCAAAUGCCCUAUACUGAUGCAGGAAUCAUCAGUUGCCUUUUUGAGCCAUAGCCUGCCUUCUCCACCCGUUUCCCAGGGCUGGCUGCUCCACAGGGAGAACACUGUUAAAGGGCAAUGUGACUUCCUCCAGUGCCCUGGAGGAAUUAAACUUGCAAUGUAAGUUUGCAUGAUAGGCAAGUCCCCAUUGGUUCUAACCUGCCCCCUCCAGGUAUUACAGCUUUCCUCCGAAUAUUAUAGCUAUGAUCAAGGUGUACUUUUUGGUAAAUGACCAGAACUUUUCCAUGAAAUUACUGGAAAUCUCUGUUUUCUGGUCCAGAGGUUGAAAAUCACUGCUACUAGAAACAAGAAUGUUCCUGCUCAAAAGGCAUACCUUUGUCAGCUCUUUCCCCUUAGUCCAGUACACAGAAUUAAGGGCAGGGGUUGGGUGGGAGAUGAAAGGCAGAUGGUUAAAAGAUGUCUGGGAUCUUUUCAAUUCAUGUAUUCCCUGACCUUCUCCUCCCCCCGCUUAUAUUUUGGGGGAUACAUUUGGCUUUGUUCUUAGGAGUCACUCCUAGUGGUACAGGGAUCCAAAGCAUGCACUCAGCCUAUUGAGCCAUCUCUCUGAUCUAUUUGUUUGAUUAUAAAAUAAAAUUUAUUAACUUUAAAUGUGUCUUGACUUUCCCCUUUUUAUUUUCAUGUUCACUGCUUUAAUGACAUG